CGUGAAUAAAAUAUCGUAUCGCGGCUCGCGGCAUUUGAUUCUAUCGAUUGACAGGUUAGAUCGAUUUGAUAUGUGUUUGAUCGAUUUAUGUAUGUCAGACAGCGGCUUUUAGGUUGGGUAUAACCUAAGCUUUAAUCUUUUUUCAAUCUCACAUUACAAUGAGUUUUUGACAUUAUUAGAAAAAAGAUAUUUUUACAAAUAAAAAAAUGGCAGUAUCCUUUUGCGGAAGGAUUGUUUUAACGCAGCGGAAUUUUUUGAAAAUUCCGAAACGUCACGGAUAUAUAGUCCUAAUUCCAGAGAUAGGCGAAGAAUCGUCAGAGAAAAAUCCAUUAUUGAAGGAUGAUAACUUACCAGAAUUUAACACAAUUACAAUUGAAAAAUGCACUGCAGCAAUUGGUAAACAAACUGUCGAGUUUGAAGAAAAGAUGAAAAGUCUGGAAAAUGUUCAAACAAGAAAAGACUUAGAUAUAUUUAGGGAUUGGUUAGAUCCAAUCGAGGAUAUAUAUCUUCCUCUAGAGACUACAUGGGGUAUAGCAAAAACUUUGUAUUUUGGCAAUCAGAGUCUGAUGCCAACAAAAUGCUAUAUGGGUAUUCAUGAGCGUGCCACAAGAGCUGUGGCUAGCAAAUAUGGCAGUGCACCACUUUUUAAAGCAUGCAAAGAAGCUCUCGAUAAUAAGAACAUCAAAUUGACACAUUCACAGAAGAGAGUGUUGACCAAAUAUGUGUUGGAGGGAAAAUUGAAUGGUCUACAACUACAAGAUAACGAAUUUGAGAAGUACAUGGACGACUUGAACUAUAUUCUAUCGAAAAUUAAAGAAUAUAAAGCCAAAUAUGAGAGUUCUACAGGCGCUUACAGUAUGACAAUACAAAGCAAAGACAUUGUGAUAGACUUUCCGCAGGACUUUGUUAGAUCUAUCGCGGCCGAUCCCACGCGACCUUUCUUAGGGCCUUGGAAAAUCACUUUAAGGCCAUAUAUCCUGAAACCGUUUAUGGAGCAUUGUCCUGAUCGCAAAUUAAGCAGCUCUGUACAGGCGAGCGUGACGUUGGAGGAACUUCGAGACAGGAGAAUCGAGCAGGCGCAACGUUUAGGAUAUAAACACUUUGCAGAAAUGAGUAUGGAGACAAAGAUGGCCGGAAAUUUGGAAAAUUUGUAUGGCACAUUGGAAACUCUUCGAAAUACUGCACUGCCUGUCCAGGAGCAAGAAAUUGCAAGUUUGACAGAAUUUGCAAAUGAAAGAGGCUUUAAUGAUACUCUAAGAGUAUGGGAUGUUGCAUACUGGAGUAGAAAACAAUGUCGCAGCAUAUACAAUUGCAAUGAGGACGAAUGGAGAUCGUACUUCCCGCUGCCGACUGUUCUAUCAGGUCUCUUCGAACAUAUUGAAACGCUGUUUAAUGUGAAAAUUGUGGAGAGUAAGAAAGCAGACAUUUGGCACAAGGAUGUUCGAUUUUUCGACGUAUUCGACUUGAACGGAUCCAGCGCGGCGCCCAUCGCGAACUUCUACCUGGAUCCUUAUGCGAGAGGCACGGAAAAAUAUCGCAAGGAGCAGGAGUCGGGAUGGAUGUCGACGAUAAAAAGCAAGAGCAAAAUCGGUGAUAGCACUCCGUUGGUCGCUUUAAUCUUCAAUUUUCUACCGCCAGUAGACGACAAACCCUCUCUGCUCUCCUUCAAGGACGUGCAGAUUCUCUUCCAAAAGUUUGGGCAUGCCUUGCAACAUCUCUUAACUACAGCCGAGUAUUCGGACAUUGCUGGACUGUCAUUCGUGGAAUGGGAUGCAGUGUUCAUUUGUGACUUUUUCAUGGAAAACUGGUUGUACGAACCAUUCAUGUUACAAAAAAUCUCUGGACAUUAUGAAACGGAACAGCCAUUGCCUGUUGAAGUUAUCGAGGGAAUUAGAAAGAUGAGAUCACAUUUUGCUGGCUACAAACUAUGUAAGGAACUUUAUCUGUCGCACUUGGAUUUAGAGUUGCAUUCCAGUGAUAAAUUUUGGGUGCCAAUGAUGAAACAUCUGUGGCCAAAGUAUUUUAAGUUACCUCUCGAGAAACGGGACGUUCACGUUUGUUCUUUCGAAGCUAUAUGGAGCGGAAACUGGGCGGCCGCAUAUUUCAGCAAGAUCUGGUCCGAAAUGAUAGCUGCCGAUUUGUAUACGGCGUUCCAAGAAAUUGAAUUCGACGACAAGUUGCGACAGAAGGAAAUGGGCGCGAGGUUCCGCGACACAUUCUUGUCCUUGGGCGGUAGUUAUCCUGCCGCCGAGGUGUUCAGGAAGUUCAGAGGUAGAGAUCCGAGUCCGCAAGCGUUGCUGGACAAUCUCGGAUUAACUUCACAAGUAACUAAAGAAGCCAAGUGAUACAAUUAGGUAAUUAGAUAGAUUGGUACUUUUUAGCAGAAUGUAAAAGAAUGAAAGAAUUUUGUAUAGUUACCUCGAAAAUAGAAGAAUUGAUUGAUGUAAAGUUGUGGAAUUAUGCAAUAAAUUAUUACCUAUAAGAUAUAU